AGGCGAUGCCCUACGAGUUCGCUUACGGCGUCAACGUCGAGACCACAGGAGACGUGAAGGAACACAAGGAGUCUGUGUCUCCUUCGGGCAGAACCGAAGGCGAAUAUCGCUGGCUUCAACCCAAUGGACUUUACAGAGUAACGCGAUACUUCGUAGAUGGAGACGGAGGAUACCAAGCCACAGUGAGCGAGGAACCCGGAGACCAGGUGUCCAACUAUUACUUCAGUAGUCUGGCCAACGUCGGCUCCUCCACCAAUACACAGCUGUCACAGCAGGGCUUCAGCAGCUCACAGUCGUCAAGUAGCGGCGCAGCAUUCACUGGUUCCCAGUUCUUAAACAACCAGCAAGCGUUUGGCACUUCACAGUUUUCUGGGAAUCGGCAAAUCUUCGGAAAUUCACAGUCGUCAGCAAACCAAGCAGCCUUCGGAGGUUCGCAGUUUUCAACGAACCAACAAUUCUUUGGAAACUCGCAGUCUUCUCUUGAUCAGAACCGCUUCUCUUCGCAAACUUUCCAAAACCAGCUUAAUUCUCAGACUGGAAACUUCGGCAGCAGCAUCAUUGAUGGCGGUGUGAUCAAUGGCGGCAUCAUUGACGGGGGCGUUGUCAACGGAGGGAAUUUCGGAGGCACCAACGCUUUCAGUAACAGCAACAGCUUCAAUCAGGGUGUGACCACCUUCCAGACGUCAGUGACUGACGGGGGCGUCAUCAACGGAGGGAAUUUCGGAGGCAACAACGCGCUCACUAACAGCAACAGCUUCAAUCAGGGUGUGACCUCUCAGACGUCAGUGGCUGACAGGAGCGACAUCAACCGAGGAGUAGCUGUCAUUCUGGCUGGCAGCUCUUUGCGUGACUCUUUCAGGGGAUGAGUCCGUUCUUAAUAUCCUUUUGAGUAUUCAUUAUUUAAUCAAAUCUAUGUAAUACAUCUUAUAUUCACCGUAUAAAACAGCGUUCCUUUCUCGGCUGGCGACA